UCUCGUAUACUCCAUUUUUAUUUCCCACCCCGUUUCAGUUUGCAGAAUACUAGCAGGAAAAUCAAGGAAUUUACGCAGGAAAAAGUUCCUGGGAUUUGCCUCUCUCUUUUCUGUGAGUAGAAGGAGGAGAUUCCAGGCGAGGAAGGCCGGGGGGGGGGAGAAGAGGGAGUGGUUGCUCCCGACAUCCGGUUUCUGCCUCCCGUCUGCUUCCGGAAGCUCAGCUCAAAAUGCUGAACUGCUUCUGGAAGUCGCUGGUACUGUGGUAGUUGGAGUCUGUUCUCGGGCCGGAGCCUCGAGGUCAGGCUCCUGGGUGUCGUUAAUGUUCGGGGCCGCCGGGCGCCAACCGAUCGGAGCUCCAGCCGCCGGGAACAGCUGGCAUUUCAGUCGAACCAUGGAAGAACUGGUUCAUGAUCUUGUCUCUGCAUUGGAGGAGAGCUCAGAGCAAGCUCGAGGUGGAUUUGCUGAAACUGGCGAUCAUUCUCGAAGCAUGUCUUGUCCUCUGAAACGCCAGGCAAGGAAACGGAGAGGGAGAAAACGAAGGUCGUAUAAUGUUCAUCACCCAUGGGAGCCUGGCCACUGCUUAAGUGAAGGCACUGAUUCGAGUUUAGAAGAACCAAGCAAGGACUACAGAGAGAAUCACAAUAAUAAUAAAAAAGAUCAUAGUGACUCUGAUGACCAAAUGUUAGUGGCAAAGCGCAGGCCAUCAUCAAACUUAAAUAAUAAUGUACGAGGAAAAAGACCUCUAUGGCACGAAUCGGAUUUUACUGUGGACAACCUUGGGAACAGAACUCUGCGCAGAAGGAGAAAGGUAAAACGCAUGGCAGUGGACCUCCCACAGGACAUCUCUAACAAACGGACAAUGACCCAGCCCCUUGAAGGUUGUAGAGAUCAGGAGAUGGACAAUGACAGAGCUUACCAAUAUCAAGAGUUUACCAAGAACAAAGUCAAAAAAAGGAAAUUGAAAAUAAUUAGACAAGGGCCAAAAAUCCAAGAUGAAGGAGUAGUUUUAGAAAGUGAGGAAAUAAGCCAGACCAAUAAGGACAAAAUGGACUAUGAAGAGCAAAAAGUUUCAGAUGAACUCAUGAGUGAAAGUGAUUCCAGCAGUCUCAGCAGCACUGAUGCUGGCUUAUUUACCAAUGAUGAGGGAAGACAAGGUGAUGAUGAGCAGAGUGACUGGUUUUAUGAGAAGGAGUCAGGUGGAGCUUGCGGCAUCACUGGAGUUGUACCCUGGUGGGACAAGGAAGACCCUACCGAGCUAGACAAAAAUUUACCAGAUCCUGUCUUUGAAAGUAUCUUAACUGGUUCUUUCCCUCUUAUGUCACAUCCGGGAAGAAGAGGUUUCCAAGCUAGACUCAGUCGCCUUCAUGGAAUGCCUUCUAAGAACUUUAAAAAAUCAGGAGGGACCGCAACUUCAAUGGCUACAAACUGGACCAGUGAGAUUCCCCUAUAAACCAAAUCUUCUAAUGCUAAUAAAUUAGUUACGUUUUGAACAUCUGGGGAAUGACAUUCGAGGGAACCUGGCUCCUGUCCUCUUCCCCUGGAGGAAUAUCACUGAAGUGAGAGCCUCUUUGAUGAAAAGAUGGGGCUGUUUUUGCUGUGGAGGACUGGUAUUCUUCCUUUAGUCAGAAGUGAACCUGGUUGGGGAGGCUUUCUAGGGAUCUAGGCUGGCCCAGGGUGGGUGGAACUACUGUAAAUUUUAUAUAUUUUUCUCUUUUAUGAUUUUUUUUUUACAUUGAAUCCAUUUGUGUAUUACUUGCUUUGCCAAAAUACUAACAAAACCUAGAAAAUGGAAAACUUCCAGAUCUCACAUAAGUAUUCCUUAAUGUUUAUAUUGUGACUGGUUAAGAACUAAUUUUUACAUCUCUGACUGUUGUAAAUAAACAUGAUGCAUUGACAUUUAUGGCUCAUUUUUAGAGAAGUCUUACAUAACCAGCAUUAUUUAAAAUAUCUGCAUUUUACUCAGGGUAUUUUAACAAGGGCUAAGAUGAGUAGUAGGUAAGGUUGAUAAUCUUUACUAGAAUUUCUGUUUUGUUCAGUUUGCUUUCUACUUGGAAAAUCUGCUCUGUAUUGCAAACCCAUUGUAUUUUAUAGUGUAGUGUUCAUUGUACUACAAAAAAGAAUCAUCCUAGUUUUAAAGCUAACUACAGUGAUAACUAGUCUAUGCUAGUAGAAUCAUUUAUUAUUACUUUUUAAAUUAUCUGCUCUGUCUGAUACCUGCAACCACUCAAAAUUAUCAUUUUGGCUUAGAGCUUCUGGAAAUCAUGUGAAAGCUGGUAUUUCAACUAAUACUGUAUGCCUCUGAAUCAUAUUGUCAUGUUUAAAAGUGAGAGCUGCUUGCACACCCUUGGCAGACCAUAUGUGUCACUGUGAGUGUCAGAAAUACUUGCAUGAGCUCAUUUUCACAAGCAGAGGGGAAAAUGUAACAUUUCUAUUGAUGGUAUAAUUUAUAGACACUCUACAACAUUCAGGCCAUUUGAAUUCUUCAAAAUGGUAUGUUAAAAUGAUGAGUAUUUUUUAUUACGUUCCCAUAAUGGAUGAAAACUGUGAUUUAAUACAUGUAUUUUUAUAUUGUUGUAUGGAUUAAUUGUUAAUUCAGCAUUUAAUGGAUAACUUAAAUAUGGUGAUUGGGAAAGAAACUUAAAGUUGACAUUUCUUUUACCUAAAGGUAUUACAAUCUGAAAGAUUUCAGAAAAUGUGUUAAGCAGAAAGCGUGUGACAUCUUUUAGAUUGCUUGUCUAAACUGGAGAGAUUAAAUAUGAUAAAGUGCAACUUUGAGUAUCUUUACCUUUGCAUAUUUAAAGUGAUAUUUUAGAGGUACAAUAAUGUGGUGUUUGGUCAUUGUAAGUAAGCUUUUUUUGUGCUGUGUCCUUUAGAGUAAAAAUUCGUGAUUUUUUUUCUGAAUUACAUAAAUGCUUUUAUUUUAUUUUGUAUAAUGACUGCCUUUUAGAUCUGAAUAAGUCACUUUAAAACCUUGGCCUAUGAACUUUGCCUUACCAAUCAUGAAUCUAGAUGAAUGCUAUCUAGUUCUUGGUUCAGUUUUACCUAUUUUUAUUUUUGGUUCACUGCUUGCUUGAGCAUAGAUGGGAUUUGUAGCCCAUUUUCUAGGCUUAUUGCAAUCUCACUGUGGUAUUUUAUAGAAGCUAUUACAUCUGAUAGGCCAGCUUCAUGGUAUUGAUGAUACAUGGCUUAACCAUAGUAAAAGCUGCCUUCCCUCUCUAAAUUGUAAAAAGGUGAUUAAGUUUCACUUGAUGGAGAAAUACUAUAUGUGUGUGUUUAUCAUCGAACUAGUGCAUUAGGCCAUAAACUGUUUUCCUGGUCUACAUUUUUUUGUAUUCAAAUUUUACUGAAGACAAUGGGCUCCUUCAGGCUUUCUUUCUUUCAAUCCUGAAUUGUCCUUGUUUGGAUUUUUAAGUACUGUAAUUUUUUUUUUUCAAUAAAAUAUCUGACUUGGACAAGAAAGGUAAGAGUUCCAAUUUGUGCUGAUAUUUUUAAAUUCCUCUGCUAAGUUUUGUUGUUGCUGUUGUUGCUCAUGGUGUCCAUAUCAUAUGUAACAGUCUAGUCUUAAAAAUCAUAAUCUCACAAAACAGUCAUAUUUAAACAGUACCCAUGACAUCCAGAAAUAAGAAUUCAAUUUAAUUCCUCAGACUUUCACACUGGAAAGCCAGAUUGCUUUGAAGAGAGAUUAAUUUUCUGAGCAAAGUCAGACACAUGUAGCUACAACCCAUGAAACAGAAUGGCAACGAAAGGUUUCUUUCUCUUACGCAGAUGAGUAGUGACUGCACAGAUAUAGUCAUGACCUUUGAAGGAAAUGACUGAACAAUUUUUCACUGAAAUAUUAAUGGAAACAUUCUUGGGAGUGAAGUUUUCAAUUGGAUUUUUCAUUAUUCACCAUAGUUAUGUUCUCUAAAGUCACCCUGAACACUAAUUAGCAAAUACUGAACAAUUGCUCCUAAGGGAAAUACCAGGUUAGGUUCCUAUGAGCCUCCGGUCAUGACAUUUUUAUCAGUCGAUCAAUACAUAACCUUGUUUUACGUAUCUUUGUGUCUAAAAACACCUUACUUAAUAUAUAUAGUUGAUUCAUUAACAUUAAACUCAUGACCAACAGCACUAUAACCCAUGCCUGAACUAAGCUGAUCUAACGCAAGUAUUUCUCCUCAAGGCACAUCAUGGCUUUCUUAUGCUUAGGAGCCCAUGUCAGCGCUUCAGCCCUGUGCUUGGGGUUCAUUUAAAACAAUGAAUUGCAAAAAACACAAAACUGAAAAAUGUGGCACCAAAUAAACCACAAAAACAACACUUGUUUACAGAGUUAGAGCUGAAACAGGAAUGGGUACUGUUGUCUUUUUUGACCUCAGUGGGGAAUGCACACAUGCACCAGGGGACAAAUUUUUCAAUGCUCCUGAAUGACCCUAGAAGUGCUACAAGGACUGACUUGAGAGUGGGGCAUCUGGCUGGCUCAGUUGGUGGGGCGUGUGACUCUUAAUCUUGGGGGUGUAAGUUCGAGCCCCACGUUGGGUAGAGAGGUGACUUAAAAAUAAAAUUUAAAAAAGAAUUGAUUUGGGGGUUACAGAUACAUGUUAGUGAGUAGGCAAAUUUGUACAUGUGGAACUCUCAAAUAGUAAUGAGGAUUGACUCUAGUUUUGUCAAGGGCAAAGUGGUAUUACAGAUAAGUUGGAGGUUUUGGAGUCUGAACUUGUGAAUCCCCACUCUGGUUCUUCUUUUUACUUUUAAAAACAAAUUGAACCUCAUCUUCUCUUUCUGUUAAAUAGAGACAAUAUUUAAUUUGCAGAAGUGUUGUCAGGAUUAAAUGAGGUUAUUUGUACAUCAUAGGUCCAGAACCAUUUUUGUCGCAUAAUAUAUAUUUAAUAAAUGAUAGUUACUGUUAUUAUUAUUAGAUAUACUAAAUACAGAAUGUCCUGAUUUAGAGAACAUUUGUAUUAUGGGUCAAAAUGCAAAAUAUUAUAAACUUUUCAUACUUUAUAUAUGAUAUGCCUUUAUAUUUAAUAUUUAAAGUGCUUUAUAUUGCAACCUUUUAUAAAGUUUCUUUUAUAUUUCAUAUAUAUUUGAGCCAGUCUUUAUCUUUAAUAGUCUGUGAAGAAUAAUUUCAGGUGAAUUUUAGAUGGACAGCCACUGCAUUAAAUCUCAAACCCUAAUUGCAGAUUAAAAAGCUGUUCUAAAUAACUCUCCCUAACUAACCCUCAAUCAUUAGGCCAUUCAUUUGCAGAAGGACUUACACUGUUUAGGAGGUUUUGGACCAGAGUUACCUAAUUUUUAAAAAUAAUUUUGCCUAUAUACAUGACAGGCGAAUGUAGUAACAGUUCUGAGAAUUUAAUGUUGAAAGAAAUAACUAUUGCUGUACUUCUGUUAGAAUAAAGCACUGAUUUAUUGGAGCGCAGUUAACAAGCCUCUAAUAUUUACCUCUUUUAGGAGAAUUAAGCAAAUGAAAAUUAAUUCUGAGGAAUAUUCUGAGACCAUUAUCCAGGAGAUGCAGAGUGAAUCUCCUGUAUUUCCAGAAUUUUUGCCUCAAGUACAAUUCAGAGUGAAUAAUCCUCAGAAUAAUGAUCCAUCAGAGAUACAUAUUUUGAGAUAUAGCAUUAAUAAAGUGAAUCCAAUUACCCUGACUUAAGCAUAGCAUUUCAGUUAGCCAAGAUAUCCUACCCCUAAGCAUCUUAAUUAAUCAUUGUUCUCUAUAGACAAGAGAUUUUUGAAAAAAAGGUUUUUAAACUGAUGGUCUUAGAACAGGUGUUACAUUUUUCUAAGUUAGCAUUCAAAUUGAGUGGUCGUUGAAAGAUCGGGAAAUAAAUGACUCCAUUUAAAAUAUACUACCUAAAAUCCAACAUUAAUAUUACAUAAGGAAUUGUACCUAAAGGUUGUAAGGUUCUGUUUAAAAAUCUUAUUAUCAUAUCAGUCCAGUUUUUUUUGUAUACAUGAAAUGAGAACAAGUAUAGUGGUGAUGGUGGUGGUUAUUCUGUCAAAGAAAAUGAAUCUGAUUUAAGGGACUAUUUAUUUACAUGUGUUUCUCAAGUUAAAUAUCUGAAAAAAAAUGUGAACAUCAACCCUUAAUCUAAAAUGUCAUGCUGUACAAGUAAGCAUACUGUUAUAUCCACCAAUGAAAUAGCCCUCAAAAUAAUUUAUAUCUGUUUAGAAUCUUGAGUCAUUUCAUUGUGUAAGAGAAGGGAAUAUUGUAUAUAUUUUCCUUCUCUGAAGUAUAUCAUGGAAGACCAGACCAGAUUUCAUGAGUGGCAUAUUGAUAAUGGUAAUGGUACUAUAAUGAUUUACUCUGUCUUGCUCAACCUUUGUUUUAUUGUUUCUUAGGUUACUAGAGUGGGAAUAUUUAGUCUGAUUUACAGCCUUUUACAACAGAAGGGCCCUUUUAAAUGGAUUUGAUUUAAAUAGGGGAACUACAUAAACUUUUCUCUUAGACUAGUCUAAGAAAUUUUAUAAUAGAAAACAAAUCUAAAAUGAUUUUUAAAAAUACACAUGGUGUGUGUCCUCAACUGUAAUCUGGCCAUGUGCUAAUUAUCUGAUAUUUUUCAGUGGAAUUCAAUAACUAAAUGCUUAAUUAUAAUCUCUGAAUUGAUAUUUGUUUUUAUCCUUAAAGCAUUUUUGGCUACUCUGCAGAAUCCAAGAAGAAUAUAUAUUUAGAAUUUUCUUAUAUUCUAAAUAUAUAUCACAUAUAUUCUCAUCUAUUACUGUUUGUUAAUAAUUUAGUUUUUAUCUUAUCUCAGAGUCAGCUUGAGAUCCAGAUUUCAUGCUGGAAAUUAAUACUUUUUUUCUUAGAACUUAUUUUGAGAUAAAGUAGAUUUUGUAUCAUACAGAAGUACUGCUUAGUAGAAUUGUAAUAAAUAUUUCUUCUACAGAAGACAUUUUGAUAGUGUCUCUUGUUUGAUUUAAAAUUCUCUAUUUUUGGUGUCGUUAUUCACCUUACAUUUUACAUAUAAAUUUAAUACCUAUAAUUGAUAUUUGAAAAUUUGAAUCUAACAGUUUUUGUUCCACUAAAAGUAGUAUCAAUAUUAAUAUUGAUAUUUAGUCUUAUUGUAUUACACUUUAUUAAAAGUGGAAUAUAUACAUAUUUGAUAGUAUAGAUAUGUUAUAUUAUUUAUUCAACAAGUAUUUGAAUGCUUAUUCUGUUGUCCGUAUUUAGCUUUUAAAAUCCUUUAGGAAAGAAUACAUAAACAUGUUCAAUCUUGGUAUUUUAAUAAUGCCAAAUUUGACCACUUACACUUUUUAUCUACCUGUUUAAAAUAUUUGUCCCUGCUUUUCUGAUUACUUACCACUAGAAUUGGCCUGGUUUCUUAUAUUGUCGUUUGGGUUUGUGAUACUCCAGAAAUACUGGAACCUAGCAAAGAGAAUGUUAGUAAUGACUUACAGUGAUGCUUACUAUGUAACAGACAUUUUUCUAAAUUAUAGUUAUAUAUUUUAAUUCAUUUAGUCCUAUUAACAUUUACAACUUAAAACACUUUCAAAUUUGUUUUUCCUUUGCUAUGUCAAAAUUAAUGAAAUCUGGAAGUUUCUUCACUCUUGUCAUGUUGCUGAUAAAUAUAAAUAAAUUUUCUUCAUAAAAUAGUCUUCAUUCCUGGUUACCAAAUGCAAUUGGAAGUGUGAGUUAUUGUGAAAAAUCUGCAGCAUUCUUUGCUGUCUUGAAGAAUGAGCACAAUCAAGUUGUGUGCCAUAAUAAAAAUGAAAAUUAAAAUGUUUUACUGUUUCCAUCGGAUUAAUCACUGGAACCAAAUCCUCCAUUCCAGUCCCUUUCUUUGUUU